AGGCGAUGCUUGGCAAGCGCUGAGCAUAUCCGAGGUCCGUGCGCGCUCACUGGGCUCGGUAGGAACCCAGAGCUGGCCACCGCAAUGGCUCCCCGGUUUACAGAGAGAAUGGACGAGAGGGCACCUACCAGGGACAACGCUCUGCCUGUGUGAGGGCUUAUUGUGGUGCAAAGGAGGGUGGUGGCACUGAGCACGGGUCACGGAACCCAGUGUUCGCAGAGAACCUCUCAGGUGGGGUGGCACUAACUACAGCUCCCGAUGGAGAACUUAGGAGCCCUGCUGGCGUGUGGUUCCGUGUUGGGCUGCUAACCACAAGGUCAGCAGUUCGAAACUACCAGCGGCUCCGAGGGAGAAACACCAGGCUUUCUACUCUCCUGAAGCCCCAGUGUCGUGCUGGUGGUGCAUUGGGCCACCAUCCGCAAGCUGGACGCCAGCCCCUGCCGGUCCCCCAUGGCCACCUGGAGCCGAGAGGCAGUGCUGAGUCUCUACCGGGCUCUCCUGCGCCAGGGCCGGGAACUUCGAUACACUGACCGAGACUUCUACCUUGCCUCCAUCCGCCGCGAGUUCCGGAAAAAUCAGCAGCUCACGGACUCUGAGGCCCGGGCGUGGCAGCUGGAGAAGGGCCUGGUUUUCCUCCACAGCAAACUGGGGGGCAUUGUCUAGGACCUUCUUCCUAGCCCUCCCACCCAGAGCCAGCUCACAGCUCGUGCCCAGGUGGUCUCCCAGUGCCACCCUCCCCUGAGUGGGCUGUCGACCUGCUGCCCGGUGGCAGUAUCUGUG